UCUUCAGCUGUGGGAUCCUUUCAGAUUUUGCUGACAUGCCAGAGCCUUAGUUUCUGCCUCUAUAAAGUGGAGAUGCCAUGACAAUUUCUUUUUAAUUGUUAGGCUAAUGGGGAUUGAACCCAGGUCCUUCAAACAGAGCUAAAACCCCAGCUUGUUUUUAAUUUUGAGACAGUAUAGGAAUUUUGGUCUGAUCUUCUACAUGUUAAAGUCACAGUUCACAAGUUCAAGUACAGAAACCUGAAGUCCCUAAAAAAUAAAAUUCCCAUGUUUUGCUUAUAUUUCUUGAAGCAUAUAAAAAAAAAAAACGAAGUUAGUAUUCAUACUUAUUCUCAAAAGGGGAUCUACCAAGUUCUUUCACAUUCACAGCUGCAAAAUAUUCAAAGGCCACGGGCCCAGAGGUACCUCACAGUUGACCUGUCUUUCACCCUCACUCUCUUCCCAGGUCUCUGUUGGUUUCACUGGCUCAGAAGUUCCAGGCAGGUGUUCUAGUCCCCUCCCCUGCUCAGGUUAAACUCACUCCAUCCAUUCUUUCACCUGCCCAGCCAAAGGGCCACGGCCCCUUUUCCUCAGAGGCAGAGAUGUAUGCUUUACGAAGCAUCAAGGUGAUGAAUGGACGGUACGUGCACCACAUAUAAGUUCCCCCAAAGUGUCACUUUCCUUUCCUGUUCUCCCUUCCCAUCUCUGCUCAAUCCUAGAAUGGCAGUUCUUAGAAUCAUGGCAGAAGGAUCCACUGUUUGUACCAUCAAUCCACUUUGUUUCUAGUUUGAGUUCCUGUGAGCCAUUAGGAUCACUGAAGGAAGGUGGGACUUUGAAAAGUGUUUGAAUGAGAGAAGGAAGUUUUGGGUUUCUGGACCUAAAGAUGAAGCCCUGUGCUAUUCAGUGAUCCAUUCAUUUUGUAAGGACAGACAUUUACUGAACACUAAUUAAUCCAGUUCAGAGUCUAUCGUUAAGGGACAAAAGGGCUAGGACCCAGUGCCAUUCUUGGAGGUGUCUAGUGUAGUCCAAAGGUUUGUAGGACAGGAGGCCCUGGAAGGAGGUGAAGGAAGCCCUGAUCUUGAUAAGCCCUGGCUCGUGCUCCUGGCAACCAUCGGGUGCCUUGCCAUCCUGUUCCUGAGUCCAGCGGCUGACAUAAACUGACUUUAUGAGCCAUUGACCAUGAGAUGUGGCUGUCAACAGACACUGCUGAGGCGUGGAGAGCAGGUGGCCAGGAAGCUGGGAGGCCCGGGACUGCAGAACACAGCAGCCUCCACCCAGCCCCUCAGCCCUGGAGGUCUCACAAUCCUCCAGGUCCCACAGCAUCUACUGUGCACCAUGAGUGGGCAAAUCAGACCAAAAUCUUCACUAAACACAAGGAUGAAUAGAGGGCAGGCAGGCGAGAGAUUAGCUAGAGGAACCAUGAAACCCUUGUGAGCUGGUGACACUUGAAAGGGACUGAACAGCUGGCUGAGUGGAGCCAAAGCAGAGACCUGGAAGACCCAUUGCUUCCCAAGAGCUCUGCCCUUUUUCCAGCACUUGUCAUGGGAGGUGACAUGGUACUCUGAUGUUUUUCUCCGUUCUGUUAGUUUUUCAGUGUUCCCAAACACAAAAUACUCAGCAGGUAUUAAGCCGUUCUAUGUUCAGGGUGAGGUGUCUACCAUGGAGUUGGAACUACCUCCCCCUGAAAAAAAUUCCCAAACAAAUAAACAAACACCAAUCUGGACUCCAUCAUCAGAGGAGGAAGUUGGAUACUGUCUUUGGAGGGAGAUGUUGAUAUAGGAGAACCACAGCCCGCAGCCUGGUGAGAGCAGCUGAUUACACUGCCUUGAAAUCUGGAAGAGGCAGAGCACUCUGGAGACCAACACAAGCCCCUAAGAAUUCUAAAAGCAAAGAACUAUGAAGUCACUUUGGGGGGCAAAGAGAUACACAGAGACACAUGGGCACAGUCGGAGACAGACUCAGAGAGCUUUCAUGUACAUCUGAGAGAAGGGAGGAAGAUGGAGAGAGGUAGGGGGCGGGAGUUCAGGACCAUUUUAAAUUUUGCUUAGGAAGUUUUCCUAGAAAGACAAAAGGACCCCCCCACCAUCACACACACCAAGGAGGGCUGAGUGCCCAGCUGGAUUCCCAGCACUGAGAGGAACAAAGCAACCUACCAGAGACCCCCUCCCUCCCGUCUCCACGGAGCCCAUCCCAGUGUCCUCACCCCAUACCCAGGGAGCAGUUAGCUCAGACAGUGCUGCCCCUCAGAGAGACCACAGCAGAGACCACAGACUGGCUGCUCCAGAGCCAACCACAAGGAUCUGACUGGUUCCUUCCCCUGUCUUCGGCCAACACUGCACAGGUCAUAAAACACUGUCACAGAACCAGCAGGGUAAGGAAACGGGGACGAGAAGAGCCCUGUCUCGGUGAAAGCGUGCCUGCAGCCUGUGCAAGCUGUCCAUGGGCACGAUUCCAUCACUCACUCACUUUUGCAUUACUCCAUGAUGAUGGAUGGGAGGGCUGGAGUCACGAGAGAAGGUUGUCACUCAGGGUGCGAAAAAGGACUGGGGUCUGCCUGUGCCUUCAUCCAGCAGCAGGGAAGACUUGGUCCCUGGGGCAGGACUGAGCAGGCAGUGGGUAAGUGGGUAGGGCACAGGGCUGAGGUCUGACUGUGCCUCAUAAACCCUGACCUUCAAGGCACUGACUAAAUAGACCUCAUCUGACCUGACAGAACCCCGUUCCUACGCACACCCCCUUCUGUGUCCCAGCAUCUUCUUGGAAGUCCCACAUCCUGCAGCUCAGCCUCAGUCCUAGCCUGGGAUGCCCCAUUAGCUGCUCACACAAGCUGCUAGUGCCUCAGCUAAUGGCCCUGCCACCCCGCCCUUCACUCCCUUCCAGCUCACUGCCCAUUCUGGGCAUCCUCUGGGGAGCCUGGAGAGGGGAAUCUGGAGCCUCAGAAACAUCUGGCAGCAUCAAGAGGGUCUCAGGAAUCCAGGGGCGGGCCCUCUCCUGGGACAGCACACCUGCACUCUUUCCUCAUGAGAGGUCCCAUGGUGUACAGGCAGUGUGGACCAAAGGCUUGACACCCUCAUUUCUGAUCCAGCACCUACCCUGGACUCUGCUUCUCCAGGCUGUGGUGAAGCCAGAGUGGGAAUUCCAGGAGCUCCUCCUGCCCUGGCUGGCGAUCUGAGGACAGGGAGCACAGCAGCACUGAUAGCCCCUGUCUCCAGCCCUAUGGAUUUGCCCCCGCAGCUCUUCUUCGCCUUCUAUGUGGCCGCCUUUGCGCUGGGCUUCCCGCUCAAUGUGCUGGUCCUCCGAGGUGUGGUGGCGCAAGCCCGACUCCGCCUCACCCCCAAUUUGGUCUACACCCUCCACUUGGGCUGCUCUGACCUCCUGCUGGCCAUCUCACUGCCCCUGAAGGCAGUGGAGGCCCUGGCCUGGGGGGUCUGGCCCUUCCCAGCUGCACUCUGCCCAAUCUUUGCCCUGGCCCACUUCACCCCGAUAUAUGCGGGCGGUGUCUUCCUGGCUGCCUUGAGCGCUGGGCGCUACAUGGGGGCUGCCUUUCCCCUGGGCUAUCAAGCCCUCCGGAGGCUGCGCUAUUCCUGGGGGGUGUGUGUGGCCAUCUGGGUCCUGGUGCUCUGUCACCUGGGGUUGGUUCUCAUAUUAGAGGCUCCAGGAGGUUGGCUGCACAAUAGCACCACUUCCCUGGGCAUCAACCAAGCUGUUAAUGGCUCCCCUGUGUGCCUGGAGGCCUGGGAUCCUGGUUCUGCUGGCCCCGCCCGCCUCAGCUUCUCUCUGCUGCUAUUCUUUGUGCCCUUGAUCAUCACGGCCUUCUGCUACGUGGGCUGCCUCCGGGCACUGGUCCACUCAGGCCUGAGCCACAGGCGGAAGGUACGGGCAGCCUGGGUAGCUGGUGGGGCCCUGCUUACGCUGCUUUUGUGCCUGGGCCCCUACAGUGCCUCCAAUGUGGCUGGCUUCCUGCACCCCAACAUGGGAGGUCCCUGGCGCAAGUUGGGGCUCAUCACAGGGGCCUGGAGUGUAGUAUUCAAUCCACUGGUGACAGGCUACUUAGGGAGAGGUCCUAGCCGGGGGAUGACAUGUGCUGCACGAAAGCCAGGAGGACCAUCCCAGAAGUAGCAGCCCCUGCGGGGUGAAAGGGACACGGAGCAGA